UUUCGCAAAAGUAUUGUUUUCGUUCGGUUAAUUUGCCAGAUGUUAAUUAAUAUGUCUUCCAAAAUUACUCCUUUGAAGAUACUAUCAUUGAAAACGCUUUAUACAUCCAAAGAAAUUACCAUAAUGGAGAACUACGGCUAUAAAUAUAGAAAAUAUAUCGAUUUUAAGGGAGGAUUUCUUUUAUUAAUGCUGGAUAGAACUGGGCGCGAAGUAACUGUAAGAAUUAGGAAUAAAGUUAGUGACGGAGAAAGAUUAUUUUGGCCACUUCUGUCUCAUCCAAAUAUUUUGAUAUUGAUACAAGCGCUAAAUAUCUCAAAGGAGAUGUACGCCUUCAUCAUGCCAGCGUGCCUGUGUACAUUAGAAGAGAGGUUAAAGAUGUCUAGUAUAUGUAAAAAGUCAUGGGGAUAUUUAUUAUGUAAAAAAUGGAUCAGAGAAAUCUUGGACGCAUUAUCUUAUUUACAUGAUAACAAGUUAUAUCUUGUCAAUUUGCAAAUAGAAACCAUCAUGUUGUCUAGUUAUCUGAAUGCCAUGAUAUCAGAUUUUACUUCAUUGACAGAUAUGGAGUACAUCGUUGAUCCUCUUCAGUUGAAAUUAUCAAAUUAUGAAUUUCGAGACAUUAUUACCAAAACUGGUACAUAUUCAACUGCCAAACUAGAUCUAUGGGAAUUUGGGAUAUUUGCAUUGCAAGUGAUAACUCGAGGAGGAAUUAAAGAACUAAUAAAGCGGUACAAUUAUGAAAAUGUUAUUUGUGAUCAAGAAAGACUGCGUACAAUACUACCCAAUAUACUAGCCGAUCCAAUCGACUUUAAGAAAAUCUUGAAACAUUUUCAUCCUUAUUCGAGUGACGUUACCAUUCAAGACGCUGCUUUGUGCCUUGAAUUUUUAUCAUGUUUCCUCAUAGAAGAUAAUCAAACAUCCAUUACACUUCUAGAUGGUUUGGAGCAUGUAUAUCUUCAACCGUGGAAAGACUCAGAACUAAGAACUAAAUAUGAGACUUGCAGAUGUUAUAACAGUACAUUUGCCAAAGACUUGCCAGUUAAUAAUAAAGAUCUUACAAUUCAUGAAUCCUAUUUAGAUUCAAGAGUGUAUUGCUGUUACUGUUUAAGUUCUAAGUACAGAAGAUAUCAUACAGCACCAUGUUACAGAGGUUCAAUGAAAGACAGGAUUUGUGCUGUUCAGCAUGGAAAUAAUUUUCAACAGUCCACGAACCCGUUAGAAAAAGAUGGAAUUAAAGUAAAUGCCGGACUUUGGGAGCGCAUUAAAAGUUUCUUUCUAACUCAUGUUUUAACAAAUUGUGCCCAUUUUGAAUACAGUGACUCUUGUAGUAACUCGACAGUUAUCGAUAAAUAA